AAAGUGCCAUCGACUCAGGCAAGGGUGUGUCAGGAUGUAAGGCAUGGUUCAAAAUGUUUUGUUAAAUUGUGGCAGAGUUAUAACAUUGGUAGAGGAGACGUGAAGGACAUAAGUGAAUCAACUCAAACGCCAAAGAUAAACAUCCUAAGUGACUUUAAAUCACCAGAAACUGAUAGAAGCCAGGCAAAGGAGCCAAGUGAUCCACUUCCAGAUAUUGUGCAUCCUAAGAGAUUUAAAUCUAUUGUAAAGAACCAGGAUGCACAAAAUCAGUUACAAAUCACAAGGCUCUGGAGGAACAUAUUAUGUUGGGGAAGCAUAUAUACCAGUUA